GGUAGCAGCCCAAGGAGAGGGCAUUAUAAAAUGUAUCACUUAUUAUGAAACUUAAUAGGAAAAUGAACUGGACUUAAAUAAAAACAGAUCAAACAUGAACAAAUUUCAGAGUCACAGCCAUGGAAACAUAUAUGGCAGCUUUAGGUUUGCAAAGCUGCACCUGAUCAGAUGCAGACGGUCUCAACCAGCAGAUGGCUUUGUUACACAAUCGCAGCAUUACGUUUCCUACAUGUGACCGGUUCUGCUUUCAUAAGCAACCUUGUGUUUUUCUGCAGAAACAUUAACGGUUAAAGAUGACAACUUCGUGGAGUGACCGUCUGCAGAACUGUGCAGACCUACCAGCCAACAUGGACGGUCAGGCCAUGAAGAAGUAUCGGCGUGAAGCUCACCACAGCUUUCCAAAGGAUUUGGCCCAACACCAUCCUGCAAUGAGAGUGUUUGUCAAUCGAAGCCUGGCAAUGGAGAAAAUUAAGUGCUUUGGAUUUGAUAUGGAUUAUACUCUUGCUGUGUAUAAAUCUCCUGAAUACGAGUCGUUGGGGUUUGACCUGACAGUGGAGCGUCUGGUGUCCAUUGGAUAUCCACAGGAGCUGCUGAACUUUGUCUAUGAUCCCUCCUUCCCCACCAGAGGUCUGGUGUUUGACACAAUGUUCGGGAACCUGCUCAAAGUUGAUACUUAUGGCAACAUCCUUGUGUGUGUCCAUGGCUUCAACUUCUUGAGGGGACCUGAGAUCAGAGAGAUGUACCCAAACAAAUUCAUUCAGCGUGGAGACACAGAACGGUUUUACAUCCUAAACACACUCUUCAACUUACCUGAAACCUAUCUUUUUGCUUGCCUGGUGGAUUUCUUCAGUAAUUGCUCCAGAUACUCGAGGUUUCAACCAUUUAAACUCUGCAGCCGUGAAACUGGCUUCAAAGAUGGAGACCUGUUCAUGUCAUACAAGAGCAUGUUCCAGGAUGUGCGAGAUGCGGUGGACUGGGUUCACUUCAAGGGUUCCUUAAAAGAAAAGACUGUGGAAAACCUGGAGAAGUAUGUGGUAAAAGAUGCAAAGCUUCCUCUUCUCCUCAGUCGUAUGAAUGAAGUUGCCAAAGUUUUUCUGGCCACAAACAGUGAUUAUAAAUAUACUGAGAAAAUCAUGACCUACCUGUUUGACUUUCCUCAUGGUCCAAAGCCGGGCACACCCCACCGACCCUGGAAGUCUUACUUUGACCUGAUUCUGGUGGACGCUCGCAAGCCUGUGUUUUUUGGAGAGGGAACGGUUCUGCGACAGGUUGACACUACAACUGGUCGGCUGAAGAUCGGCACAUACACUGGACCUCUCCAGCAUGGUAUUGUUUAUUCUGGAGGUUCCUCAGACAUCGUCUGCGACUUGCUGGGUGCUAAAGGAAAGGACAUCAUCUACAUCGGAGACCACAUUUUUGGUGACAUCCUCAAAUCCAAGAAGCGUCAGGGCUGGAGGACUUUCCUGGUCAUACCUGAACUGGCCCAGGAGCUGCAUGUCUGGACCGACAAGAGCUCCAUUUUUGAGGAACUUCAGUCACUGGAAUGCUUUCUGGCAGAGUUGUACAAGCAUCUGGACAGCAGCAGCAAUGAGAGGCCUGACAUCAGCUCUCUGCAGAGACGUAUCAAGAAAGUGACUCAUGACAUGGACAUGUGUUACGGCAUGAUGGGAAGUCUGUUUCGCAGUGGAUCUCGACAGACUCUGUUUGCUUCCCAGGCCAUGCGCUACGCUGACCUGUAUGCAGCUUCUUUCAUCAACCUGCUCUACUACCCCUUUAGCUACCUGUUCAGGGCUGCACAUGUGCUGAUGCCUCAUGAGUCGACAGUGGAGCACUCUCACGUCAACGUCAUCGACAUCGAGUCGCCGCUCGCCACGCGGAACCGGCGUGACGAGAACUUUAGGGAGAUGGAGAGUAAACGGCACCUGCUGACCCGAUCCGUCAGCGAGAUCCAACCCCCUCAUCUAUUCCCUCAGCCUCCGCAGGAGAUCACCCACUGCCACGACGAGGAUGACGACGAGGAAGAGGAGGAGUAAUUGAGUGUUUUUCUCACAUCCAGCAGAUUCUGUUUGCACGUUUGAAACGUAUCAGAAGUGGUUCGAUAGAAGACAGCUGGACUAAGACAAGUCGUCCAGUCUCAUCCUGUUGAACCACUUCAGAUCGUUGUGCUGGAUGUGUCCAAUCCUGGUUCUGUAGGGCCUCGAUCCUGCACGUUUUAGAUUUUCCUCUGCUUUGACACACCUGCUUUGAACAAACGAAUGAUUCAGCAGAAAGUGAAGUCCUGCUGAAGAGCAGGGAAACACCUCAUUUUCUAAACACCAAUGUUUAAAGCCUAUUAAACAGAUACUGUUCUUGAUUAGUGGAAUCUGCUACUGAAGCUGGCCUGCUGUAUAUCACCUGGUAAAGAUUAUAAAAUUAGUUGUAAAAAAAAUCAAUACGGUACAAUAAAUCAGCAGAGAAAAUGGAAGGGAGAAACAUGUUCAAAUGAAAUUGGUAGUUUUUUUAAUAGUUCAGUCAUCAGUCAGAGCUUUAUGUGUUUUGUCUUAUUUCUCUACUAAAGCCACGAUCUCACCGGGCUGCGACUGUUGGUAAAGGAUAUUUGUGAAGGAGUCUAAAAACGUUUCUGUUCUUCCCAAAUUGAUCACACAGGUCACCGAGGCUCAUAGUUUUAUUGAUUGUUUUUAAAAGUUGGUGACAAAUUUUCUCUCAAAGUAGACUCGGAAUUGCUGCGGGUGUCUCAAACUCAUUUUGAACACUUCUGAACUCCGUUUUUAUAAUUCUAGCGCACUGCAGGUGUGAUUUUAACCUGCAGAGACAGCCCUAAAAAAAUCAUGAUGAUAAAAAAAAAUGUUUUGUCAAACACUGUACAGUGUGGUCAGAGAAAUAUGUUGUGCAGGAAUGCAGUUCUGUAAGCCUGGAAAUAGACAAUAUCCAAAAAUUUGGUCUGUAAAACGUGGCUGCUGGGCUCAGUGGUUAAAACUGCAACACAAUGGGCCUCAUACAAGAACAUGUUCAUA